UGCUGAAUCCAGAGCCAUGCACUAACUGUGGAACUGCAUGACAUGUCUGACCCAGCAUGUAGCUCCAGAGCCAGUGUGAAGUGCUGGACUUUGCAUGCAGCUCCACAGCCAACAGCAUGGUCAGAUCCAUUCCACCAUCCUAGAGCUGGCUUGCUGGAUUGGAUCUCAGCAUAUCUCCCUAGGGGUCAGCACACGGGAUCAGGCUGGUGCAUGGUCCCCAGUCCUGGAGCCUACAAACCUCAAGAACUUACCCAUACUCCAAGGUAAAAUUUUUUUUUGUCUUGGGGCCUUUCAAAAAUAGGAUAUAUGUUAUAUCUGGGGGGGUGUUGUAUGGGAGAAUAUAUGGUUUCCAACCCCGAGCCCGUCAGGGGAAAAAAAAACCUGGCAAACCCAGAAACUUGCCUAUCAGGGGAGUGUCAGGUGCUGGGGAAUGCACAGUCAAGACAGAAGUUACAUAGUGUUUCAUGAAGUCCUUCAGGGCAGUUAUUUAUCACCAGGCAUUUAUUAGUUACUGUUCAUUUCUGUCUAGCACUUUGCAAUGUGUAUAUACACUUUACUAACCCCACUUUGGCCUUAGAUUUCAGUCAGUCAUGGCCAAUGCCAUGAGAAGCCACAGGUUCUCUGAGGACCUGAAUGACCCAACUCGAGAGUCGGCUGUGUUGGAGAGAUAUCACAUGCUUCAGACACAAGAGUGGGCAAAAGCCAAAUAUGCCACAAGGAGCUCCUCCUUUCCUUUGACGAAUACCAAUAGUGGGACCGUAAUUCAGAUGCUGUUUUCCAAAUGUGAAGAAAAUAUAAAAAAUAGAUUGGAUCAAAUCUCCAGCCUCCUUCAGUGUCCUGCUCUGACUGAAGCCAGCAGCACCACCAGCAGCAAACAGACCUCUGAGCUGGUAAGAGAGAUAAGGAAUCAUCUUAGAAAUCUCUAUUUUAACAACUCAGAAGACUACUACAGACAACUGGGUGAGGCUGCUCUUCCUGCUGACAUGGAAAAGUCAGAGGCAAUUGUGAAGUUUGCAGCAGAGUGCUACAGAGUUUACUCUUUGUUGUUUCUUCAGAACCCACCCAUUACAGCUAAGUGGCCCCAAGAGCCAGUCCCACCAGAUCACAUAGCACAUACAGAUUUAGAGAAGCUGAAGGGCACUAAAUUUAUAUGGCCAAUACUGCUUUCUGAGGGAAAGGCGAUUAACGAGGCUAUGGUAAAAAGUAGCAGCUGUUUCCAGUAAAACAUUCAGGCAUAAAGCUAAAAAGAACAGAAAGAGAGUGAACCAGCAGCCUUGCAGUGUGUGCCCCUCUCGCUGAAGAAAUGCCUGAACUUUAGCUCUGCUACUAAAAAUACCCCUGAAUAGAGACAUGUACAAAGGCUUGGUAUUUAUUAGAAGUCCUCAGAUAUCUCAUGAAAAAUGUUCUUCCUUGAAAUAACUGUAUUCCUGCCUGCCUCCGAAUUGCUUGUUCCAUUACUGUUUUUAAGCACUCCUUGCAUGAAAAAAAAGUCUUUAUUAAAAAAAAAGUGCAUCAUCUAUGCUUAUUUUCCACUUAUGGAGCGACAAUGCUGGUAUUAUGCUGUCAUGACUGUCUUCACAGCAACUGUGAUACAACUUCAGAUGUUGAUUUCUGUUAAAGAACAAGUCCCCUGUUGUAUGUAUAAUCCUUACGCUCAAGAUUUGCUAAGCUCACUAGAUUCACACAGAACACAAGUAGAGUAUGUAUAAAUGUAAGUAGGCUUGAACAUCAAAGGCGGAUUGGAGCCAGCAUGUCUGCAGCCUUGUAGACAUAACAGAUAUGCACUCAGCUCUAAGGAAGGGGUGGAUAUGCUGUUGUUUCUCCAAAGGUAGCCCUAAAGGGGGCCAGGGGGCUUCCAGAACUGCUUUAAUCUUCUGAGAUUUAUGUAGUUUAGGGGUGCUUGUACAAGUGACAGAAAUUGCCCUUUUUUUGUGACUUAACUGAGUUACAGUUUUCACAUACAGGUUUUUCUUGUGAUUUCAAUGUCUUUUUGGCGAUUCAAAAAUAAAACGCAUCCUGAUGUAUUUUAGUCUGGAUUGCCAGGAAUUAAAUUGAUGCAUCCAUGUAUCCGUCACAUGAAAACAGAAGUGCACUCAAUGGCAUGUAAUGAGCCCCUUCGUCCACCAGAUGUUGCUUCAAAUUGCAGAUAGGAGGGGAAGAGGAUACCUGCAAUUUUUAGUAAUGUC